CGCGCCCACUGCAUUUACCAAUCUGGAAGGACGAAUUUUCUGCCUUGAACGCACUCGCUCCUCUUCCGACCAACGUCGCCAUUAUCCUCCGCCAUGGCCGAGUACGACCUCACGAGGACCGUCAUUCCAUACUGCGAUCGCCAUCUGGUAUUUCCGCUCCUCGCCCACCUUGUCGAGAGCGAGCUUUUCCCGGUCGAGGACGUGCAGGCAGCCCAGUAUGAACUUGCGAAGGAGACGAACAUGGUGGACUAUGCUGUGAGCUUGUUCCAGCAGCUGUACCCAGACCAGGAGGUCCCAGAAGAGUUCGCCGAGAAGCGCGAGAAGGCAGUUUCGACAAAUGAACGUUUGCAGCUGGAGGCGCAGGCGGUAUUGAAUGUCAUUGAAAAUCCAGAGGUCGCACAAUCUCUGCGACAAGACAAGAACCAGAACCUCCAUUAUCUGAAGGAUCAUUACGGUGUCACCCUCGAACAAAUUAAUGCCCUGUACAACUUCGGACAAUUCCAAUACACCUAUGGCAACUACAGCGGUGCCGCCGACUACCUAUACCACUUCCGCGUGCUCUCCACCGAUCCCGACCUCACCAUUUCCGCCCACUGGGGAAAGCUCGCAUGUGACAUUCUUACCGGCAAGUGGGACGUUGCGCUCGAGGAGCUCAACAGCCUUCGUGAGGCAAUUGACUCACGCUCGCCCGUCGUCCCCGCAUUCGCGACCGCUCCCUCGUCGACGACGACCGACCCCGCGCUCACGCAGCUGCACUCGCGGACCUGGCUGCUGCACUGGUCGCUCUUCGUAUACUUCAAUCACCCUCAGGGACGCACACUCCUCCUCGAGACAUUCCUUUCACCCACAUAUCUCAACACAAUCCAGACGUCAUGUCCGUGGGUUCUGCGCUACCUCGUCAGCGCUGCCGUGCUCUCGCGAAAAUCCGCAUCGGGCGCGUCAUCCUCUCGCGUGCGCAACUCUAUCCGCGAGAUCGUCAAGGUCAUCCAGAUGGAGGAGUACCAGUACGAGGACCCCAUCACUGCAUUCUUAAAAGAGCUCUAUGUCGAGUUUGACUUUGAGGCGGCGCAGCGGGAACUCAGCCUAGCGGAACAGGUCGCAGCAAAUGACUUCUUCCUGGGCGAGUUCCGGGACGAGUUCAUGGACAAUGCGCGUUAUCUGAUCAGUGAGGCGUACUGCCGAAUUCACCAGAGGAUCGAUAUCAGCGAUCUUUCGGAACGGCUCAAUCUCUCAAAGGAUGAGGGUGAAAAGUGGAUCGUCAACCUCAUUCGCGACACCCGAAUGGGUGCCGAUGCGAAGAUCGAUCUCGAAAAGAAUGUCAUCGAAAUCAACCGCCCGUCCCUCCCCGUGUAUCAAUCUGUCAUUGAGAAGACGCGGGGACUGGCAUUCCGCACACAAGCGCUCGGGGCGGCUAUGUCUCGAACGCAGCAGGCGCCGCCGCUAGGCGUGCAGGACGAGAGUCAGCCGAUAGUCAUCGAGGGUGCGCGGUGAGUCGCAGGGUAAGACUAUGUGGACGCUUGUGUAUUGCUUGAUAUUGGGAAUAUCGCGAGGCAAUAUAAAGUUGUUCACUUUGCUCUUAACCGUCCCCUUCUGGAGUCCAGGAUCGUCUGAAGGCCGCACUGGAGAUGUUUAGGGACGGUCGGAGCAAUGGGCCUGCUGGAAUCAGAAUGCAUGUGGCAGUAUGGAAGAACAGUGAGCCUCCCGUUUGAGUACAAGCGGCUAAUAGCUGUUUGGCCGCCUGGAUCAGGCUCCUCGACACGUUCGCACGGGGCGAGUUUAUGUCGCCCAGUAGUAGGUUUGACGGCAUGAUCGACUACGCUGCUCAUGACAAUAGACCGCCGCGGCGGCGGGUGAGGCGAGGCGAGGCGACAGUUGGACUAGCUCUCAAGCGCCCGAUGGCUGUAUAUAGCGUCUCAGUCCGAUAUCAUUUCGAACAAGCUCA